AUGUCGCAGCUUUCUCAGCACAGGCAAAGAGUGCCAUCGUUGGGCAUUAUCGCGACUUCUGGGCGAGGGCAGCAGGCUACUGUCUUCCCGGCCAGACCAAGCCCACUGUCUUCUCAUCCGCCAACACCGGUCGAAGUGGUCGGAGGGACUUGCAACAGCAGCAGCGAGCAGCACAGCAACUCGGGGUCGACCAAACACAGCAGGAACGUAUCUGCAAGUACAUCGUCGCUGCCGUUUGGGUCGCCUAGCAACUUGACCUUGUUCCCGAGGAAGCAUCCGAGCAAUUUCUCCACGCCCGACCUGUCAAAGUCUGCUUCACCAUCCACCGACUCCCUGCACCGACAAGACACGAAUUCUUUUGCCGGCAGCUCCUCUCAAUUGCAUCAUCUACCAUUGGCAUAUCAGCUCAACUCCCACGACACGUCGUUCAAGCUCGACCUCGCCAGCGUCGAAGCCAUGUCACACCACGACAACCACCGCCACGAUAGCUUCGGCUCCCAGCUGCCUGUACCCAAGGGCGCCAACAACAACAACAACAAUGGCCGUCGCAGAUCCAUCAGCAUGCAAAAGCUGUUCUCGCUGUCGAGCCUGAAGAGCAGCUUCGGCAACUCACGCACAUCCCUCGUCUCGACCCCUUCUACACAAAACCCUCCACAAACCGCCUCUUCCGACCGUCCGGCCUCCGACAGCACUACCAGUUCCAGAGGUGUCAAGCGCGCUGCGGAAGAAGACUAUGUCGUCGUUAAGCAUGGCCAGGACAACCUUCAGCCUCCGCUGAGAAAGAGAAAGAGCAACUCGUGGUUCCGCAGAAAGAGCGCCCUCUUCACGUUCAACUCCCACAACAGCGCCUCUGCUGUAGCAGAUGAUUAUGACAUGCCUCAAGGUCCUGAUGCCAUGGUGCUAGACGAGCCCGAGAACGUCCAUCCAACCACCGAACACACACAGGCCAUCGAGAGUGACUUUUCGAGCGACAAAGCGGCCAGCGUCUACACCACACAAACUACACAGUAUCCCCCUGUUCUACCGCCAUUGUCGCCCAUGUCCAAGACCCAAACACAAUCUUCGCAGUACUCUCAGCCUUCUCAAACCCAGAGACCCGAGAGACCUGCUUCACACAGAACUUUCAGUUCGCAGAGCAGAAUUAGUCGAUCGUCGUCUCAACAUCGAACUCCAUACUCUCCCUCGGCAAGAGAAGCUUUCUCGCCNCCACCAACACUGCCGGAGCUCACUAGGAUCGACACGACGUUUGGUGAUCAGGACAUGGGAGAGCUGUUUGCUCAGUUCGGACGCUAG